GCGAGACAUCAUGGUGAAGUAAACAUGCUACACGUAAGUGAUGAAUUACACGACGAUAUUUAACAACACCCAGAAGCGAAGUAUUAUAAGUUAUUGGAUAUCGAGGAGCAUCUGAUUUCUUUCGAGUCUGCAUUUACAUUAGUGAAGCCUAUUGUCUGUAUUUCUCAUGUCGGUUUCCCAUCAGACAACAGUGGUCAGCUCUCCCAUUCCACAGCCUACUCAUUUCUCUCAUGCCCAGCAGUCUUUCUCCCUGAGGAAACGCAGACUUCCCUUAUCUUCAUCAACAUCAUCUUCCUCCCUGUCCCCCCGUCCGCUUUCUCAUUCUUUACCACCACGACCCCCGUCCAAAGGAUGCCCCCCACUCAGUCGAGUUUUCCCCCACCGGCCUGUCCCGUGGACGCCCUUGUCACGCUCCCUUAUAGAGUCACCUGCUCCUCGCUCAGUUUAUGAUCCGUCUCGACCGCAGUCGUUUUUCGACCAGUGCUUCGUCAAUCUGGGCUUGGUUGGACAAGGCUCUUUUGGUGAAGUGUUUAAGGUUGUGAGUCUUUUGGAUGGCUGUCAGUAUGCCGUCAAGCGCUCGGCACAGCGCUUCCGCAGUGAGGGGGAGCGAGCGAGGAGCAUAAAGGAGGCUCGUAGUCAUGAGGGACUGUAUCCACACCCUCAUGUGCUGGAAUUCAUCGCAGCCUGGGAGGAGGGUGGUCGUCUCUACAUACAGACUGAGCUCUGUUGCAACAAUCUGUUGGUUCAAACUGAAGAAAUGCCAUCCCAUACUGGUGAGGCAUGGGCCUGGACAUACCUGUGUGACAUUCUCUCAGCACUCGAGCAUCUUCAUGCUCGAGGGUUUGCCCACCUGGACAUCAAACCAGCAAAUGUUUUCAUUACAAAGUCUGGACGCCUCAAACUCGGAGACUUUGGCUUGUUGAUAAAGCUAUCGAGUGAUGCUCAAAAACAAGAGAGAGACCAGGAUGAUUUACAGGAAGGGGACCCCAGAUACAUGGCCCCUGAGCUGCUAAGAGGGAGGUAUGGGACUGCUGCAGACAUAUUUAGUUUAGGAGUGUCUAUUCUGGAAUUGGCCUGUAACAUUGAGGUUCCUAAAGGUGGAGAUGACUGGCAACAGCUCAGACAGGGUCACUUGCCCGCUGAAUUCACUAAUGCGCUGUCAGCAGAGCUGCAGUAUGUACUAUGCCUCAUGUUGACACCAGAGCCCUGUGACAGAGCUACAGCAUCGCAGCUGCUAUCUCUGCCCUCUGUGUGCAAAUACAAAUGGCGACGGCAGCUGUCCCUCUACAUCAUCGAAAGCUUCCUAUUCCUAUUCCAUAGCUGUCAAUCCCUUCUUACAGCUAGUUGGCGUUUUAUUUCAUCCCUCAGUCAUCCAUUUACCUUCAGUCUUCCAUUUGCAUCCUCACCACCCAGUACUCCUCCUAAAAACAGUUGGGAGAGAGAAACGGAUCUGAGCAACGUUAACUCGGAUUCAGACAGCCCUCUCAUUCAUGACUGUGUGUUUCCUCCAGAUGAACCCUUUCACUCUCCCAUCUUCUCACACAGAGUCGAGGCGAGGUUGUCCGCGGGCAGCACCUCUACACCACUGCCAAACACUGACACGAGCACUACACACACACCAACACACUGCCAGCAAACACACACUCCCUCCAGUGUCCACUCGAGGAGCAGUCUUAGCCCUAUUCAUCACAGCAUACAUCACCAUCUAUCAGACUCGCCACACAGCCGAAACACAAGCUGGAUCAACCCUGAACUGUCCAAUAAAAGCAACUUUGAGCCAAAAAACUUGCUCACUCUUUUUGAUGAGGUCGGCCUAGAUAGUGAGCCAUGACUUCUCAGAGUAUCUCUCUUAUGGACAGAUGGUGUCAUUUCAGAAGUAGCGGCCUGUUUUUGUGCGAUAAAUGUGCUUUUGCUUUAUUUUGGGAGUCAUUUAAAGGCAUGUAAGGUGCUUUAGACCAGUUUGAUGUUUCUUUUUGGGGGGUAUGGGGGAGGGUUGUCCAGUACAAAUAAGAACUUCAAAUUCAGCAAACAGCUGUAUUUCAUUAAAAGGCUAAUAUAUCUUUUGUUAAUUCUUAAAGGAUUCAGCAACAUGUUUGUAAUCUUAUUUGCAUCCACUGUACAAUGCAUUGAGCAGAGGCAAACUUUGCAAAAUAACUGUCAAAUACUCCACAAAAUGAACAAACUUGUAAUUAUAAAUGAAUAUCAAAUAAACACAUUUAUGUUAACG